UGCGUGAUUCUCGUGUUUUUCCUUGAACGUCAACGUUUUCGGCGUAAAUUUGAAGGUGCGUAACGGUACCGGUCUCGGGCACGAGCGUGGAAGAAGUGAAACGACGAAACGAUCCAAAGGUGUCGACGCUGAAGCGCGUGCGUGAAAGUAGUAGUCGCGUGUGUGAAAGUAGUAGUCCUCGAGCAUAACCAGCACAGCCUCCAACGACGAAACGUUGCGGUCCGGAGCUCGGUGGUUCUCCUCGGAGGAGCCAGCCCGUGCGUUUAUGUGCGUAAAUUUUCACGUGAGUCAGUGUGUGUGAAUGUGUGUGUGUGCAUCUGUGUGGGAGAGAGGGUGUGGUGCAUCGUGAUAAAUUGAUCUUGGGUGUACGCAUCCUGGGUCACUGUAACUACGUGCGCUCUGUGGUAUUAUCCGUGUUCGCUGCGAUACAAGGAGUAUCAGCGAAUGUCAACAAGUCCCGGGUUAGUGGGUGUCCGCGACGCUUUGGAAGUGGAACAUUUAACUGCGGCUGAUUUAUAGGCAGCGUAGUUGUGCUGUGUAGGUGUGUAGGUGAGUUUGGGCGCGGCCUGAACGUUCGUCAAUUUCCAGCUCAUCCCGCUUCCGGAACUAAGUGAAAGCGCCCUUAGCCUUGAUAGAACAAGUAACGAGAGAAAGACGCCCGGCCGCACGGCAUACAACGGAUACGGCUAACCAGAAAGCAUUUGUCCUACAAUGGCGAACUCAUCUGGCGGAGAUAGAGAGAACGGCGGUGGUGGAGAAGGUAGCGACCUUGGCAGAGGAAGUGGAACCAGUAGCACUAACAGCAAUGUUGGUAGCAAUGGAUCCCUUUCAUCCAGCAGCCAACUCCCUUCCAGCAUCACAUCCUCGUCUGCAUCAUCGCUGUCGGCGUCCUCGGCGGCAGCAGCCUCGUCCGCCCUGUUACGCUUUGGCUGUGGUCCUGCUGGCCCGCUAACGCUAGAUGUUACCACGACGACUGGUGGCAACUUCUCUAUCGAUAUCAACAGCGAGCAAACGGUCGAGCAUCUGAAAAAGAUGAUCUCCAAAAAGUUAAAGGUGUCCAAGGAUCGAAUCUGUUUGCUGCAUCGCGAAAGAGAGCUGCAUGACGGAACACUUCGCGAGAAUGGACUCGUCGAUGGUUCGAAGCUGAUUCUGACGCCAAAUGUAGAAACGGGAUUAUUGGCCCAAAGAGCGGAGAAUACAGUGAUGCAAGCGCUCGAGUCACUGAACGAUAAUCAAGUAAACGAUUUCCUGAGUGGCAAGAGCCCACUGAACUUGAGCGUACGGCUCGGCGAUCACAUGAUGUUAAUCCAGUUGCAGCUGAGCACGCUGAAUCCGUCGUCAUCACAGGCCUACACACAACCAGCGAUGGCUGGCAGUAGUUCUACGGUUACCACCGCCGGUCGCACUAGAUCUGCCUCUUCCCCUUCUGCCACUUCCUCGCCAUCGACGCAACUCCUGCCCCACCACCAUCGCCAUCAUCCGCACCACCAUCAUCACCAUCAUCACCAUCAUCAUCAUCACCAUCAUCAUCAGAAGACAUCUGCGGCUCUUUGUUCUAACGUUGGUUCGGCGUGCAAAUCAGCAAUCUUGGCCUCAUCAAACGACGAGGAUGCAGCGCGCUCACAAUUACCGGCUCCCUCCUGCUCUGAUGCCAGGAAUGCUCAGCUCGUUCGAAAAUCCGUGUCCGAAGAAGGAGUUGGCAAGGAGCAACCGCCGCUGAAGCGGCAAGCGAUCUCGGUACAGCAAGAGGAAGCCAAACAGCUAACACUAGCCGCUAGACGUUCCACGGCUGUGAACAACAAUGACGGCGGAACGCCAAACCAUCCCGUCCGCAACCAGUCGUCGUCGUCGGGUCCAUCGGAUUCGGAAGCAAUGGUACAGUCACCGAUCAAAUCGCUUUCCAACCUGGUCUCUUCGCGAACGAUGCCUAUCAAUGAUGAAAUGGGGAAUGGAACAACGCCGAGCGGUGCUGAAAUGCUAGUCACUCCGGGAACGGAAGGCAGCUGCUCCGAUCCGAUCACAGCAAAUUUAACGUCCUGUCUGUGUCGUCGAUUGUCAAAUGGUGGUGGUGGUAGUAGUAGUGAUGCGGAUGUUGCCGGUAUGCCUUGCUCUACAGAACAACUGCAUGUGAAAGAGCAGCAACAGCAAAAGCAACAGCAACAUGAGGCUGGGGAGGUGGCGAUCGCAGAAAUAAUAUCGUCCGAAGCAAUUGGACAGCUAACGCCGGAGCAACUCCAUCGAACAGCACAUAAUCCUAUCGCAAAGCACAAGGCAAAGCUCCAAAGUUUGAAAAAGACAUCCGUACCGCAUUACAAAACCCUCGUGCCUUACACGAGUGUUGGCAGCAGCGAGGGAGCUCCGAGAAUGCCAUCAUCGUCGUUGCCAGUGGGAAGUGCUGGCCAAUCGUCUUCCAAUAAGCGGCUGACAGGGCAGGUAACACCACCUCAGCCCUCACAGUUAACGGUGCCGACAGCUGCAUCCGGUCGAGUACCAUCGUCCACCGUCUUUCCGACGCCAAGUCUCGUGGAAGCCGUCAGGCGAUCUCUGUACUCUUCGAAUGGUACCGAUCAUCAACGUUCCUCACUAUCCCAUCGUUCUGAGACCCCCACAAAUGAAGUAGCAGUCGGUGGUGGACAGUCUGGCACUGCCGCACUGGAGAACCCCGAUCUUGCUGAGGCAUCGCGCAAUCUAACGCAAACACUGCGCAAACUAUCGAAGCGAGUGUUCACGGGCAAAGCGGUUUCAAGUGGUGAAAGCAACUCGGCCACCGUCGCUUCAACGAUGCCUCCGUCAUCGUCGACUGGACUGAUGUCACCAGGUUAUCCAUCUUCAGCGACUGCCGGAAUGGCAUCUUCAUCAUCGAAUAUGAUGGCGGAAGCUUCAUCGAGCUGCUCAUCAGCCACCCCUGCCUCGUCUUCGACCUCGGAUCCACCGUCCUAUGGUGCGGGUAACGCCCCAGUAGUACGAGGUCCGGGACAUGUUAGCUCUGGUGCGGUAAUAGAAUCGAUGAAACACCACGGAAAAGGCAUUUAUUCUGGCACCUUCUCUGGAACUCUUAAUCCGGCGCUGCAAGACAAGUACGGACGACCAAAACGAGAUAUUUCUACUAUUAUUCAUAUUUUGAACGAUCUGCUGAGUGCGGCCCCACAGUGUGCCGCGACUCGCGCUGCACCUGCGACCAGUUCGGUUUCCAAUUCUGCUGGAUCGUCGGUUUCGCGUGGAACAAAGAUCUAUUUCGAUCCGACUGGAAAGGGCAGCAGUAAAGGGGCAUCGGUAUCGCUUGGGUCGGGUGCAACGGCUGCAUCAAGCAGCAGCAGCAGCAACAAUACCGGCAAAAGCAGCAGUAGUAGCAGUGGUAGGAGUAGUAACACUUCAUCCUCUACUACCUCGUGGUUUGUUCCUGCCCCUCCAUUGGUUCAGCGUCAGUCCACGAAAAAUAGCUCAUCCUUCGGGCAGCGGAAGUACCCGGUCACAGUAGUCAACGACGUUGGGAGUACUGUCGAAGGUAACGGUUCACCAAGAAGCGUGCCUGGCUGCACGGGCUGUAGUAAGGUAUCCGAUGGUGUGCGGCUACGAAAUAAUGGGCUUGUGGCAGUUGGCACUAGAUCUGCUGCGACCGGGGGCACCAGCGGUGCUGGAGGCUUAUUUGUUCAACGAACGGGUUCUUCGUCGAAGCUAGUUUCUGCAGGAAAUGGCUCCCUACUGGUCGGAUCAACAGCGACCAGCAGCAUCGCGGUUUGUACAUCCUCUGUAACACAAUGCCAGUGUAUUGCCACCGCCCAACUGUUAGAUGCAUCGAUUCAACCGAAGCAACAUUGUCGUCAUUGUAAGUUCAAAGCGAUCGAGCAGGAACAUUCGCAGAUGAGGGUAAAGCUGGACAACCUACGAUUGAUAAUGCAACAAAAAAAGGAGCGGCGUGAAGCGCGAAAACAACGUGCAGCUCCUUAUGGUGUCACCGGGAAUGAUAGCAAUACAGGCACGCCACAUUCGGGACACAUUGGCAAUCAGAUGAAAACUGUUAAUGCUGCCGUGGAGAAGCAAUAUGCUGGCCUUACUAGUAAUUGUACAACAGAGAGUGUUCCGGUAUCUGUGCAAUCACCACUGACGAUUGUUAACCGUUCCCCGCUGGUCGAGGAAGCACAACUUACGAUGAAGUCGCUACAGACGUCCUCUUCUGCACCGAACCAGCUGACGACAGGAUCAGAGUCUAUAUUAUCUGUCCAUUCCGAAGCAUCCGGCCUUAACGUUGAGUGUGCUUCACUUUUGGAUAACGAAACACCCAGCAAGAACGCGACGGAUUCCCCGAGCGAUUCCGAUUCGUCCUCAUUGUCAUCCGUGAACACUUCUUCCGAUUCUAGCGAUAGCGGUUCUGGCCCGAUCACUGAUGGGCCAUCCCCUGCUGCAUCCUCGUCCACAUCGUCUACAUCUUCUUCGUCAACGUCUUCGGCCGAGCAAUCACAGGGUGGAGGAACAGCGGCACAUUUAGUUGAGGAGGUGGAUACUGUCGCCUAAAUACCUUGAAUCGCUAUGACAUUGUGAGCUGCUGUUGGAUUGUUGGAAAGCUAGAAUAGAUCGGUUCGUCCUUGUUAAUAUCGUGGCGUAUCUAGUAUAGAAGUUCAUUGAGUAGGUCAAUUUGCUGCCACCAUAGAUUCGAGUACACAACGCGAUAAAUGGAGAAAUAUGAAUGGUUGCAGGAUAGCGAGAAAAAAAAAUCGAAAUCAUAGUCAAGUCCUUCCACAGCAAUGCGCAAUGCUGCAUUAAUUGUAAAUUUAGAAAUGCUUUGCAAUGCUAAUGGCAGAAUUCAAUUGUAAUUAUUUAUUUUGAUCUUGGAUAGGUUAACGUGAAUGCUAGCACGUCAUAUUGUGCUUUACAUUAUCAGUUCAAAUUUUUCACUGUAAACUGCACAUGUAACUUUUACAAUUAAUACCGUAAUGUACAAUCUUCCCACAUCUCUUUCUGUUUAAUUACGAAAUACAAACCUUAGAAUAAAAAGAAUCAGCAAUGAAUUAGAACAUCCCAUUUUCCAGAGUAAAAGAGACAAAGAAAGAGAAAAAGAGCGAGAGACAUAGAGAAAGAGAAAGAGAAAGAGAAAUAAUAGUCAGUUGAAGCAAGAUUAUUUGUUUGCAUUGCCUAGCAAUAGCCACCGACUACAAAUUCUGGCUCCAGCAACAACGCCUGAGCGCUAGCGUUUGGUACUGGGAGAGGGCAACUAGGAUUUUGAUCUUGUCGAUAACGUAGAAUAAAUGGAACUGUAUGUAUGUAAUUAUGGAAUGAGAAUUAUGCGAAUGCUUGUCCGCAUGUUUAAGCGGCGGAAGUGCAAUAAUACAUUAAAACAUUAAAUUAGAAACUGCGGAAAAGAUUAUAGCUAUUAGAAACUACGGAAAAGAGCAACAGAAUAUACGCGAAGAUAUAAAAAAUAGUACGCUGGUGGAAGUAGCUAGAGAAGCUCCAAUGAAGGAAAAUUUUUUCAAAAAAGGACCGAGCAUACAAAAAUAUAAUUUGAAACAGAGGUAAUGCAAUACUCUUGAAGGAUGCGAGUUCGUUGUGACAGAGUUGCUACGCUCAUGAUUGCAUCAAAAUACCUACAACAUCGUCGAGGGACUAGUGUUAGAUUUUUGUUGUACUGUUUAGUUUAUGGUUUGAUAGAAAACGACAUUUAAAAAAUGUCACAAGCGCUCAUGAGGGCCUUAAACUUUAUAUUGAUCGUACUUUAUUUUCGCUUUUUGCUUCGUAAAUAAUCAUAAUUUUGUAUGUUUACAUGCAAGGUCAGGUGAGCCGUAAGCAAUUGUGUUAGUGAUCGAAACAAGCGCAAGAGGACAAGAAGAUUAAUAUUGCUAGCUAAACCUAUGAAUGUUUUUUCGCUUCUUUUUUGUCUUUGAAAUCUCUCUUUCUCUCUCCCCCUCUCGCUCGUUUCUUAAUUUGAUAUUUGCUUUUCUUGGAAGAAAAGAAAAACGUAGGAAAAGUAGGCCGGCAUAACACUAAAAGGAGGUAUGCGUGUACCCAAUAUAGAACGAAUGCAAAAGCAACAGGUUUUGCUUUAUCAUUCGUGAGUUAACAAGCGUUCAUUCUUGCUAUCUCACUAGUCGUAGGUUUGUUCCUUUAGUGAAAUAUUCGUGGUAAAUUAAUCAAUCGGUGCCGUGUCCCCCAAUAUAAUGCGUCGUGGCGUGUAAAUAUUUGUCGAUAUUUGAUCACGUAUCUAUAAGUGCGGAAGAAGAGAAGGAGAUGCAUUGCAGCUAGUAAAAAUUGAAUUGAAUAUCGCAUCACUAGUAACCAUAGGAAAAAGAAACCGUUGCAGUUCCCCGUGGUGAAUUUGAUAACAGCAUGAUUAGCAACGGCAUGCGCGUAAUGUAACACAAUAAACAGCAAUAAAGGAGCAAUGGAUGAAAUGCAGCGAUU